UUCCUCUAUAUAUAAUAUAUUCAUGGACUUCUUGUUGUCUCCAAGGAGCUCAAUUCUUAUCCGCUCGUUUGAUCGAUCGGAGCCUCGCAUCUGCACUGUAGAGAGAGAAAGUGAGAGAAGCUACAAGGAGUUCGACAAUGGGAAGGAGGCCUGCAAGGUGUUAUCGCCAGAUAAAGAAUAAACCGUAUCCAAAAUCACGGUUUUGCAGAGGUGUGCCAGACCCAAAGAUCAGAAUUUAUGAUGUUGGUAUGAAGAAGAAAGGUGUGGAUGAGUUCCCUUUCUGUGUGCAUUUGGUCUCCUGGGAGAAAGAGAAUGUCUCCAGUGAGGCGUUAGAAGCUGCACGUAUUGCAUGUAACAAAUACAUGUCUAAGUAUGCUGGAAAAGAUACAUUUCAUUUGAGGGUUCGUGUGCAUCCUUUCCAUGUUUUACGCAUCAACAAGAUGCUUUCAUGUGCUGGUGCUGAUCGUCUUCAAACUGGGAUGCGGGGUGCAUUUGGCAAACCACAAGGUACCUGUGCUCGUGUUAGCAUUGGUCAGGUACUGCUGUCUGUUCGCUGCAAGGAUUCCAACAGCCAUCAUGCUGAAGAGGCUCUACGCCGUGCAAAGUUCAAAUUUCCUGGCAGACAGAAGAUCAUUGCCAGUAGGAAAUGGGGGUUCACUAAGUUCAGCCGCACUGAUUAUGUGAAGUGGAAGGCAGAAAACCGGAUUGUGCCUGAUGGUGUCAAUGCAAAGCUCCUUGGAUGUCACGGACCCCUGGCACAGCGUCAACCCGGACAAGCAUUUCUUCCGACAACAGCUUAAUUAGGAUCUUGUUGCUUCCAUAGCGCAGAUACAUAGAUUAUCUAUCAAUCUCCCUGUGAAUGUUUCGAACUAAUAUUUGCCUGAGUGCUUAUUAUGCGCUUGUUGAAUUUGUUCUUCAGGCAGAUGUAAUAAAUUACUGGUUUGAACCUUGAUGUGUGUGUAAUAAGCCAUUGGUAAGGCGUUGUUUAUGCCUUCAAAAUGCAUCAUGUGUGACAUUAUUGGGUA